AUGCAUCCGUUCAUUUUUACUAUUCUGCUUCUCGCGUUUAGCGCCCAGGUCCCAUCCACCCUGGCUGAGCCCGAGGCGCUGGCGCCUUUCCCAACAGCAGGUGACGAUAAAGUUAUCAUCCCCGAGACAUAUAUCGUUGUUUUAAAGACCGGCACCAAUACCUCCGUCCGUGACGAUAUCCUCGCCAAGCUAUCCGACGAACCUGACCACGUCUAUGAUAAAUUCCUCAAUGGCUUUGCCAAAUCUCUAAGCGAGACAGAGGUUGAAUUGCUCCGCAAUAACCAACAUGUUGAUUACAUUGAAGAGAACGCUGUCCUGCUUGCUUCCGGCACAGUCGUGCAACCCGACGCUGGCAACUACGUCUAUCACAAGAGCGCUGGUAAGGGAACCUGCGCCUAUGUGCUAGACACUGGUAUCUACGAUAAACACCCUGACUUCAAGGGCCGCGCGAAGCAGAUCAAGUCCUUCGUCAAGGGGCAGGAUACUGACGGUAGUGGCCAUGGCACGCAUAUAGCAGGCAUUAUUGGCAGCGCUACAUAUGGCGUAGCCAAACGGACCAGGAUCUUCGGAAUUAAGGUGCUUAAUGAUUCCAACAGGGGCAAUGUUGCGGAUGUCAUCAAGGGUAUCGAGUUUAUCGAGGAGCACAAAAAAAAGCACAGCUGCCCGAAUGGCGUGGUUGUCAGCUUCGCGAUGGGAGAUCGUAAAUCGCGGAGCUUGGACCAGGCGGCAGCGAAGCUUAUUGAAACCGGCGUCUUUGUCGCUGUCGCAGCCGGCAACUCUAAUACCCCUGCAGACAGAUACUCGCCGGCCUCGGAGCGAAGCGUAUGCGUCGUUGGCGGCAUGCAGAAGAACGAUGCGUUGCUUUAUAUGGAUGAGUCCUUUGCCUCCAACUUUGGCUCGGCUGUCGAUAUCUUCGCCCCCGCUAGGGAGAUCAUCUCGACGAGCAACAGCGGAAAGACGAAGUCUUAUUCGGGCACGUCCCAGGCUGCAGCUUUUAUCGUUGGCCUCGCGGCGUAUCUCGGCACACUGGAUGGUCUGUCAGGCACUGCGGCACUAUGUAAUCGAAUCCGCCAGCUAGCAACGAAGGACGCCAUUGUCGACCAGCGUAGUGACACCGUUAGCCUACUGGCCUUUAACGGCGCGACCUAG